UUUUUUUUUUGAGAAUAUUCCAGCCAAAUCCAUAAAUAUUAUACUGCGUUUCGCAAGUAAUACGCGCAAUCUCCCUAGUUUCUUCAUACUUUGGGAAUAUCUUAGAACGAUUUAUUCAAGAUGAAAGAUUUGUAUAAAAAUAGGAAAAAGUCCGUCGAACAAAAUGAAUAAUAAAUUAAAGAAGCGAAAGGAAUCUUUUUUCGAGUUCGCUCGCUCGAGUUCUUAUUAUUUGCUUGGAAGGAUGUGAGAAAAAAUACGUGUUAUCUUUAUCGUUUGUUCUUUUAAAAAUUUGUCUCUUUCGAUAUCAUUGGUGUAUAACAUAAUCCUAUCAACUUUCUUUCGAGGAAAACCUAUUCAACGAUAGAUAGAAUCAACUUGUUAUCGCGGUUAUUCUUCAGUUUUCAAUCGAUUCCAAACUUCUAUGUGAUCUCGACACAAGCUCAGCGAUAUGUGUAUAGUGUACAAAAAGAGAAAAAAAAAAAGAAGAAAACUUUCUUAGUUUGUAAGAGGACAAAUAUACAAAACUUGGAAAUUCGCGGAACAAUGAUGAUUAAAUGUCACACGGAGAAAUCGCGAGAAAGACGCGCCGGAGGGUAAUUAAAAAGGAAGGAAAAUGAUAGUUUUUUCAGGAGGUCAAGAUGCUUUUUAGAGCGUUUUAGAGCAUAGAACGAGUCGUAAUAGAAAAAGCGAGAGAAGAGGAAAAAGAAAAAAGAAAAAGAAAAGUAGAAAAGAAGAGAGUGAAUUGAAAAAGGGGGAAAAAAACAUAGGGCAACAACUGACGGACUACACAACCAUAUACACGUCGUUUGAUCAACAUUGAAACACACUUACAAAUUGCACACAUACUUACACACGCACACGCUUGAACUCCAUUCAGGUAGAAAAAAACGUAUCUCAGAAAAGAGAAAGCAUUACAGAUAGGAUCGGAUCACAGAUAGGAAGAGGAUGACCAAGGAGCGCGCGAGGGUUACAGGAAAAAAACGGAACAGAAGGAGACAGAAAGAGGAAGCGGAGGGGGAUGGUAGGAAAAAGGUGAGAGCGGGUGGUUAAGGUGGUUCUCCUGGUGAGGAUGGUAAAAGGUAAGCAGCGCGUAUAGCGCGUGCGCUCGUCCGAUACACCUAAUACACGCAUACAAGUACGGAUACAGAGGCACGAUGCAAUAGGGGUUAUGAAGAGAGGCGGCGGGGUUAACACCGGAGGGAGGAUCGCAAACUCUAACGAGGAAGCGAGGAAGCGAGAAAGCGAGGAAGUGAGCGGGGCGAGCGUAAGCGAGAUGGGAUAACAGUUGGAAACGUGAAUGGGGAAGAGUGGAAUAGAGACAGCGAGCUGCGACAGUCGAUGGACAAAGAAGCGAGGAUUCGCGAGGAUCCUUGCGCGGUAUGAGGUUUGCAUGCCUAGCAGACGGCUCCUCAGUAUCGUCCUACGUUCCGCUCGCGACGUGACCCUUCAACUUGGUGUCCCGAUCCGCGCGCCAUCCAAACUUGUGUCCGAUGCGCAUCCGUUUAUCUCGUUUAUGUACCGGUGUUACCAUUGUUGCACGCGCGACUGUUGCUCGUUUCUUUUUUUUUUUUUUUUUUUUUCUCUCUCCUUCCCUCUCGUUUUCACGCACCGUUCAGUGAUACGAAUAUCCAAGGAGGGCGAAAGUAUUACGUUCGUUUCGUCCCGUCACGGGUGAUGAGUGCCGUUUGUCGUAUCCUUGAACCGUUUCCAUUGGUAGGAAUACUAACAAAGUGAUCGAAGGAGAGUGACACGGAAGAGGGAAAUAUAUUGGAUGUUAUGCACAAUCGUGCACAAAAAUUUAUCCAGAAUGGCAUGUCUUGAAAUAAUCAUAUUUUUAUGUUCAAUGAUCACUUUUAUGGUCAGCAAUUGCGAAACAGAGUCAGAAAAUAGUAACAAGAAGGUAAAUUUGUCCAAGUUCCCGUCAGAGUUGGAUUUAUCAAGCCUAGAAGCAUCGUUGGAGAACGAAGAAUCGUUGAGAAAAAUAGUGAAAAGAUUGGCACCGGAGAAGAAUGGCGAGUACCAAAUUUAUCAAGUCUUCUUCGGAAAUGUGGAUCUUCUCAAGGAAUGGCUCAAAGGAGCGGGCGUGACAGGACAGCCCGGAGUAGACUUUCCAGCACUCACGACAAUUCCAACCACUUCGUUCAGCUGUCGCGGCCUGAAAGGUGGUUACUACGCGGACUUGGAGACAAAUUGUCAAGUAUUCCACAUCUGCGACAAUGGCCGGAAGAUAUCGUUCCUCUGUCCCAACGGUACCAUCUUUCAGCAAUCGCAGUUGAUUUGCGAUUGGUGGUUCAAGGUGGACUGUAGCAAAUCCACCGAGCUGUACGAGCAAAGCAGCGAGCAGCUAUUCGAGGAGGAAAGAAGACGAGCCGAGACGAGUCGAAAGAAAUCGAAAUUCGACUAUCAACAAUCGAUCGAGCAACAAGAUCGCGGCCAACAAGACGAUUACUACGACGUGCAAAAUCUCAGCUACGACGGUAAACAGAACGGAAGGAUCAAACCUUACGAGGAGCCUCCCCAAGAGAACCAGCUGCAAUCGAACAGAGAAAGGGUGAAAUCCUCCCGUCACUUUGACUCCGCCAAUAAUUUCAACCGGGAAUCGAACGCGCAAAGAGACAACGAUCGAUUGUUCGGUGUUAAUGGGUUUCAAUCGUCGAAUCAACCGUCCAACUUGAAGCAACAAUUCGAUCAAUUUACAAGGAAUACCGAGGAAGGGAACGUGAAUAGGUAUUCGACCACGAAUCAAGAUUAUUACACAGCCUCGAAAAAGACACAAAAUUACUACGUGACCAAUAGAAACUCGAAUGCCCAACGGGACGAUAAAGGAACUCUGAAGAGAUUGAAGUUGAAAGGAUUGAGAGGUAAUUCAACCUCUACCGUUUCCCAAAGGGUGACUCCGGCUUAUACCGAGUCGACCACGUUCAGAGGAAGCAAUACCAGCCCUGUGAAAGAAUCCCAGCAAUUUGCUGAAAGCGCGGCUUUCGUUGGGAAUCGUGGGAAUCGAUUCAACGAGAACACUGGAAACACGCAUCACUAUUACUAUCAAUUGUAUAUCAAUAGGGGGGAUUCUACCACGAGAAAUCCUAAUUACGAUCCGACCACUUCGAGGCAGGACAACGAAAACGACGUGUCCACGAGGAGGAACGAUCACUCGUUCCCAGGAACUUCCACGCGUGACUAUUACGAGACGACCACCCAAUACCCGACACCCACAGCGACCACUGUUCCCUACAACGACGAGAUCGCCACCGAGAGUAGCUUCUCGACAAACUCGUUUGCCAAUUUCGACACUCGACCAACCGAAUCCCUUCGAUUUGCCAAUACCAACUACGAGUAUCGUGGAAGCCAGAGGAUUGUAGGAAGUAACGUUCGAAGCAGCUUCGUCGAUAAAAAUUACUACAAUAUUAACAAUAACAGGGAAUCUAACAGAGCGGUUAAUAUAGGAACGAUUCCUUCGACCGCUCGUUCAUACGCGACCACGGAUACGUAUCGUGAAACCACCGUGACACCGACGAGCUCUCCGCAACAGAGGUAUACGACUACCGGUUAUUACCAGUCGCCUACGUCGACCGCGUCUUUUCGUAGCAAUAAUUUUGCACGUGGCACGGAGAGGCCGGUGAUCGAUAAUCGGUCCAAUGGGUUGAACAGCGAUACGAAACCGAGCGGGAAGAACCCUUCCACGAUUUCGCCGGGUUAUCGACAAAACUUGAUCAGCAGCACCACGACCACUGAGAAACCGUUCAAGACCACGUCGAUUUAUCAAGAAAAUACGGGGAAAGAUCUGAGCCCUUACGAUAGAAGUUUCACGUACAAACAGGGCAAAGUGAUGUCCACUCUGGGUCCUUACGUUCCGUUCACCAGGAAUUACGCGUACACGUCGGCAACCAGCACCACCUCGAGACCCACCCUCUACACUCCCACGGUGCCUACCUACACCACGAAAACUUCCACGCCGAAAUCGAAAUAUCCUACACCGACGUCGUCGAGUAAAAGCAAGACGAACGGAUCCUCCGAGAGGGAGCACGUGUUAAGCAUGCUCCAUUCCUUGAAGAAUCUGGAGCACAGCGUGCCCGGUCUGUCCGACGCGUUCAAAGGAGGCGAGAGGGCGACCAAUGUUUCCGUUCCCCCCGACCCGUCCACCUUACACUCUUUGGCGCUCUACUUUUCCACGGCUACCGAGAACUUCAAUUCCAACGAGACUACGGACUCGUCUUUGAGCAUAGAAUCGGCAGCCGACGAUAUACAGAGAUCGAUACUUUCGAAAAAAAGUGACGGAACGGUGCGAGUGCCGACCAGCCUUCUUACCCGACAUACCAUCGAUUCGUACACGGAAUUGUUCAAAUUGAAGGACGACGGUGCGGAGAUCGAUAACGCGACGAUCACGGGAGAUCGUCCGGAUAAAAGUUACGCAGGAGAGGACGAUGAUCUGGAGCUUCAACAAAGCGGAGGAUCAUUGGACGAUCUUCGAAAGUCGAACGGUACCAGGCUUCGAGAAUUGGCACAAGUGUUCACCCAUGCUUUGUCCGCGUAUCUGUUGGAUCCGGACACGUUCAAAAAGGUGUUGACCGAGAUCAGACCCACCGAACCAUCUCGAACUACGUUGGAAACGGAUUUAUGGGGUACCACCACCACCCCUUAUCCCCAGGAGGAGGAGGAGGAAGACGACGGUUCAUUGGACAGGGAAAAGGACGAGGUUUUAGAUUUCUCCGACGACAGCAACGAUAUCAGACAGAAAUUGACCACCACUUAUCCCACUACUUUCGAGCUACCCAGCACCACGGUACAAGAGAAUGUUUACGAGACCUUGAGCACGUUGCCAAGUACCUAUUACACUACGCCCAGAACAUCUGCCCAAGAUUUCUUCGAAUAUAGUACGAACUUGAUAUCGUUGAGUCCCGUCUCUAGUAACUAUUUCGAGAGUUCCACGCCACCAACAGAGAGCACAGAGUUUACAGCAGAGGCGAACAGCACACCGUACACGAGCGGAUUCUACAAUCGGAAUAACGAGAUAGACAAAGGAAGCGUCGAGCCAACGGAGGGCCAUCUUCCUUCUUCCGACGAGAGCCAGAAUCGAGUCGGGGGUUUUCAAAAUAACAGCGCCACGACAAUCGCCGAACCGUACACGGAUAAAAUAUCGUUCGUCACCACCCCCAUAAGCGAUAAUUACGUCGUCUCACCCACGCCUUUGUCGCCAUCGAUGUUCGUGCACAUGGUUACCUACAAUUGGAACAAGAAAUCGACGAGCAAAAAGCCCGAGCAACAACUGAGUCCUCCGUUCUUCGACGCUCGUUCCCAAGCGAUUCGAAAGGGAAACGAUAAUAUUCCCGCGUCUCUGAGGCCCGAGAAUUAUCCCAGCACAUCGACAUCGACGCACAACGUACGCGCCACCACCCUCGCCUCGACCAAGAAUUACGAGACGUCGACCGAGCAACCCUUCAAAAUUCCUCGACAAAAAUCUUUGUUGACCGAGGCGAAAGUUGGAAUUUCCCUGCCAACGUCGCGAAACAGUUACACGAAAUUCAGGAAUCUUUACAAUCGCGUGGACGAGUAUAAUAUCGAGACAACCGAGAGAACGACGCCUACGACAACCCUUCUAACCGAAUUCCCCGUAACAACAACUGUAUCCAGCGUCGAGACCACAACGUUUUACGCCAACGAUUCUAACGACACGUUCGAAGCCACGAAUCGCAAGAAGGAAGAAUCCAAGGUAUUGGACAACGAUCAUUGGACCUCGUCACCGGCUGUCACUCAUCUGUGGGAGACCUCCGUGUUCGUCGAUCCUCAAAGGAUCAACUACGACUUGGAGUCGGAUCUCGAAUCGACGGUGUCAACGGGAACGCAGUUCAGCGUCACGGACAGUCGAGAGAGGAUAGAAUACACGCCUUCCUUCGAUGACGAUACGUUGACCAGUUCGGAGGAGUCGUCGUUCACGGACGAGGAUACGUCGGUGCAAAGAUCGUCCAGGGACAAGGAUUCGCCGACCACCUUCUCCCUGCUUCCAACUUCGUUCACGGAGAACACCGUGACGCCGAAGCCGUUGAUCACCACGCGAUCCAGCAUCACUACCACGAUAACGUCCUCCAUCACGUCGACGAAAUCGUUGGCUGGCCAACAGGGUGGGUUGGUGACUUUGCUUCCUUACACGGCCAAGUCGAACGGGACGGAGAACGAAAUUGCGGAGAAAUUGUUCGGCAAGUUAAACGCUUCGAGCACCGAUACGUUGAUGAGGGUGAUGAAACAGGCGGAUAAUAACGAGACAGUUCGACAACUUGUCCUCCUUUUGAUACGGCAUUGCAACGAUCCGGCGAACAACACGUUGCAACGGGAGAAGGAGGAGCUGUUGAACGCGCUGCUCAGAUUGCCCGUGAACGAAUUCUCGUCCGAGGAGUCGAAAAACGUGGUGGCCGAGAUUAAUCAGCUCAAUCUGCCCGCCGUUAAGCCGGUUAAUUACGCGAGAAGCGGCUCGACCGCGCCGUUGAUUACCGAGCCGCCUGUGACCACGUUCAGGAGUAGGAAGAGCCGGAAAUUUCGCUCGACCACGGAAAAUUCGGCGAAUGUAGCGAGACGAUCGGAGAAGGGGACGGUAUCGGACGAGAAUAAUUCCCUCCAGGAGGACGAGAGCUUCGCGUCUGACAAUAGGGCGCUUGAACUUCUUAGAUCGUUGUACACUAUAGCCACUAAAUGGGGGUGAAAUUGUAAGAUACAAUUGUGGCGAGGGUCGUUUUAGCGUGGACAGGCUUCGAAGAAGAUAAAUUCAUUCGUGUCUUUUUUUUUUUUUUUUUUUUUUUUUUUUUAGUUAUUUGUUUUUUUUUGUUUUUUUUUUUUUUUUUUUUUUUUUUUUUAGUUAUUUGUUUUUUUUUGUUUUUUUUUUUUUUUUUUUUUUUUUUUUUAGAUUAUUCUUGUUGCUAUAUCGUAUUGGUUCGUUUGAAAUCGAUCGAUCGUUCAAAAAUAUAUUUGUCCCGAUGAUAAUUUUGAACGGUUGAUCGAUUUUGAACGGACUAUAGAUGCUAUUAGAUAAUUCUUGAUCGAUCUUCUUUUUCUUCUCUAAUCUUGUAUUUUGGAUUAUUUUUGCUCCGUCAAUUUUUUCGGUUCGACGAAAGAAAGUUAAAUUUCAAUUACGAAAUUGGAAGAUUUUUUUUAGAUGGUGAUGGGAAUACAAUACGUUUACUAUACGAUGGAAAUAUCUCUUCUUUAACGCACGGAAUCUUUUCAAAGAAUAAAAGAUAAGAAGUUACGGUUAGUUGAUGAACGACGAAACGACUCCCGAUUAAUUUCGCUUGAAUCGUGCGUCACGGACAGACCGUGGGAAUAAUGAAAUUCUUUGGAACUCGUUCGUUAGACUGUAAAUUAAUUAUAUAUCUACUAAUUGCACCUGAUCGUUAACAGUAUUACAUCGCAUAUCGCGUACACUUGUAUCAUAUUCGUUGUACACCCUUUGUUGAAUAAAUAAGGAUUUCGAUGUUCUAUGAUAAAUCCGACAACUUACCCUCCACGCGAGACAUGGAUAUAUCUUAUAUGCGUUGAUAUGGUUUUUGUGGUUUACAAAAUUUUAAUCAUUAUGAGGAAAACGUGGAAACUUAUAUCGUAGAUUACUUGGAAUCGCUUUAAAUCUUGGUGCUGGUAUGUUUUUUUGCAUCUUAUCUUAAAAAGUAAUAACUUCGAAGAUACGAGGCCCUUGUUAAACGUAAAUGAAUCGUUUGUAAAAUCUUUUUUUUUUAUAGUUUUAUAUCAGUUUAACAAUUUUUUUUUUUUUCGUUUCAUCCGUUUUCUAAAAUAAAAUAAUAUGAUCGAUUCGUAAUAACAUUGAACAACGAUGUCUAUCUCUUUAUUUCAAUAUUCUAUUAUUUUUUAAUUGAACUUUGUUUUUAAUGAGUAUUCAAAUCGAUGCUUAUCACACAUUACCGGUCAAUA